CGGAAGCGCGGCCACGUCUGCCGGAAAAUGGGCUAGCACCGCUCAGCCCGGUUCGGGGCCUGGCAGGGGUUGCUGCUGUACCCCGCUCCUCUCACGGCUCUCCCCCUCGGCCUGGAGAUUUCCCCCGCUGGGAGGAGGUGAGGGCCGGGCUGUGCUGAGGUCUCCGUCCGUCCUGAAGGCUGCCGGCAUAUGGUCCUGAAAUCUUAAUUUUUUAGAGUUUAUCAGCUGUCAUCCAUCAUGUCUUGGCUUGCUGAUCUCGCUGGAAAGGCAGAAGAUCUGCUCAACAGAGUUGAUCAAGGAGCUGCAUCUGCUCUGAGCAAAAAAGACACAGCAAGCAGUGCAGUUUAUGAUCAUAGGAAUUUGGACUCUGGAAAUGAAUAUUCUGAAUUGCACCAGCAUAGUGGAGAACUGAAAUAUCAGACAUCAUCCAAACCAGCCUUCAUCUCCUCAGCAGCUGAUAAUAUUAAACAUCAGAAGGCCACAAUCCUAGCAGGAACAGCAAAUGUUAAGCCAGCACGUAGGACAUCUUCGGAGGUUGCUUCUCCAGGAGAAAGUGUUUCCACACCCAGAGCUACCUCACAUUUUGUGAGAAGAAAAAAGUCUGAACCUGAUGAUGAAUUGCUAUUUGACUUUCUCAACAGUUCGGAGAAAGAGCCUAAUGGAAGGAUGGACUCUAAAAAAGAGAAGAGCAAGGCACCUGUUCUUCAAAAUCACUCUCGGACUUCAAGCAUUAGUUCUGUGUCUACAAGUACACAGAGUGCAACAACUACUGAAGAUAAUUCCAUCAGGAGCCAAGGCAAUGAAACUCCAGACAGUUCAGAUUCUCGACUGGGAGCACAAGGUGAUGGCGUGAAGGAUUCAUCCCAAAGUGCAGUAACUAAUCCCAGCCUUUCAGCUAAUGACGAUUGCAAAUCACAUGAGCUAUCCAAUCUUCGUCUGGAGAAUCAGCUGCUGCGGAAUGAAGUUCAAUCUUUAAAUCAAGAAAUGGCUUCAUUAAUUCAGAGGUCCAAAGAAACACAAGAAGAAUUGAACAAAUCCCGGGAAAGGGUUGAGAAGUGGAAUGUGGACCAUUCAAAGAAUGACAGGAUGGUUAGAGAACUUCGAGCUCGAGUUGAUGAUCUGACAGAAGCUGUUGGUGCCAAGGAUUCACAGCUAGCUGUGCUGAAAGUACGGCUGCAAGAAGCUGAUCAGCUCCUAAGUGCUCGGAAAGAAGCUUUGGAAGCAUUGCAGAGUGAAAAAUCACGGAUAAUUCAAGACCACAGUGAAGGGAGCAGUUUGCAAAAUCAAGCCCUUCAAACUCUUCAGGAGAGGCUGCAUGAUGCAGACUCCGCACUCAAGCGAGAGCAAGAAAGUUACAAACAAAUGCAGAAUGAGUUUGCGUCUCGUCUAAGUAAAAUGGAAGCAGAGCGUCAGAACUUGGCAGAAGGAAUAACUGUAGCAGAAAGAAAGUAUUUAGAUGAAAAGAGGAGAGCUGAUGAGCUUCAGCAACAAGUCAAAAUAACUAAAAACCACCUAGAAUCUGCAAAACAGGAACUGGCAGACUAUAAACAGAAAGCUACUCGCAUACUCCAAUCUAAAGAAAAGUUAAUAAACAGCUUAAAAGAAGGCUCUGGUAUUGAAGGCCUGGAUAGCAAUGCUGCAAGCACAAUGGAACUGGAAGAACUGAGACACGAGCGAGACACUCAGAGAGAAGAAAUACAAAAGCUAAUGGGGCAAAUCCAACAGCUGAGAACAGAGCUGCAGGAUAUGGAGACUCAGCAGGUAAGUGAAGCUGAGUCAGUGAGAGAGCAGCUUCAGGACCUACAAGAGCAAAUAGCAGCACAUAAAAUGGCCAAACAAGAGACAGAAGCUGAACUAGAACGGCAAAAGCAGGAACUCCAUUAUACCGAAGAAGAAUUGUAUCGAACAAAGAAUACUUUGCAAAGCAGAAUAAAAGACAGAGAGGAAGAAAUUCAGAAGCUCAGAAAUCAGCUGACAAACAAGGCUAUGAGUAGUAGUAGUCAGACAGAAUUAGAAAAUCGGCUUCAUCAGCUGACAGAAACACUAAUUCAGAAGCAAACCAUGUUAGAGAGCCUGAGCACAGAGAAAAAUUCACUUGUCUAUCAACUGGAACGACUCGAGCAACAGCUGAAGGCUACCCCAGGCACUGGUAGUAACGGACCUUCCAUUAAUAUGGCAGGCAUUGACAGUGCUGAAGGUGCUCGUAUGCGCAAUGUUCCUGUCCUGUUCAGUGACGUGGAUACAAACAUGGCAGGAAUGUAUGGGAGAGUUCGCAAAGCUGCCAGUAGUAUAGAUCAGUUUAGCAUUCGGCUGGGGAUCUUUCUCAGGCGGUAUCCCAUAGCCAGAGUCUUUGUGAUCAUUUACAUGGCGUUGCUUCAUCUCUGGGUGAUGAUUGUUCUACUUACUUAUACCCCAGAAAUGCAUCAUGACAGUCCCAGUGGCAGAUAGGCUGAGAUGGGACCGUAUGCUGUGUCUUUGGAAUAAUCAGUUCUGAAAUAUCAGCAAACUUUUCCUCAUGGUUUUUAGGAAGAAUGAAAACCAUCAUGUCUGAUUUAUCACUACUUUUCAAAUACAUGUAUAAUACCGUGUAGCUUUUUCAGUUUACCUAAAGGAACGUCACUUCCCUGGAGAAAUAAAGCUCAUAAGUUAAGCUAUGGUUAGCCUUUACAUUUUAUGUAGGCCUUCUGGUGGUUAGUGUAAAAGAUAAGGGUUGUACCUACAGAGAAAUGCAAGGAUUUCUAAAAUUACAGAUAUCUAUGAUACAAACUAUUUUAGAUCAUACUGGAUGUGGGCUCUGGUCAGGUAAUAAGCUGUACUUAGCAAUUUAAAUAAACUUUAUUCUUUCUGGUUUAUUUCAGUCUGCUUUUGCACUUCUCUUUUUAACUUUUGUAAAUAAUAGCUUUUUCCUUAACAUGUUAAACUUAAAAAGGACAAUGGAUUGGUGCAAUAUCUUUUUGUAAAUAAGGUUAAAAAUAAAAUAAUAUGCAUUCUUCUUAGCUUUGUACUUCUAGUGCAAUAGAUGUAUCUUACCUACCAGCUGAAUAGUGGCACUGCCUAUCUAAAGGCUGGUAUUUUAGCUUUAUUAGGGCAAGAGAGAGCUGGUUUUGAGAAGAAAGGUUUGAAUUCUUUAGAAAUAAUGGUGUUUCUUUUUGCACUUGAAAUUUAUAUAUUUUUACUGCAUUUUCUUAUACCUCUCUCAUUACUGUGUGUCUUAAUCAGAUCUUAUAUUCAUCAAAAUACUUUCUAAAGCUUUGGGUACUUAAUUAAGAUUAUUUCUAUACAAAGUCUAUCAGAACAUCAAAAAUUUCUUAUGUCUAAACACUUACCAAAAAUACUAAUAAACGAACUUCAUCAAAAAUUAAUGGCCAACCCCGUUAUACCAAAGUUACUGUAAUAGUUCUGUCGUUAGAGCAUGGCAUUCUGUGAUUAUAAAUUAUCAAUAGAUAAUAAUAAUACAAGGUCACUUUUCUUCCCUAAGAAAUUUCUUGUUUUCUUGUGUGGUGCUCGAAGCUGAGUAAUGAGAAGAUGACUACAAGCAAUUUCUGGCUCCUGCUCUUAGGAAUACAGUCUGGGUUUUGUGUGACUUAACACACCAAGAGUUGGUUCUGUGCACGACGUCUGUCAUGUGAACUCCUAUGGAAAUGUUACAGUAGACAAAGGACUGUAUUGCUGCUCCGAUUCAGAUCUUGCAGAGAAAACUGAAAUGUUUUGAUGAACUAACUAAUAAAAGAGAGCAUUUACUGGAA